AUGGCCAGCCGAAAAGCUUUGAUUAAUGUCCACCGGAUCAUCCGCUCCGCCGCGGUGGUUGGUCGGAGCUCCGUCAGUCCUGCCGUCUCAAGCCGAGCGUAUCCUAUUUCCCGGAAUGGAGUGAAUUUGGGGCCGAGAUUCUUCUGCGGAAACACAACGAGUGCACAGAAUUUUGAUAUUGAUCUCUCUAACGAAGAGAAUAGGAGGAUAACGAUCAACAGAUUGUUGUAUAGGAGCAAGCAACGAGGGUUUCUGGAACUUGAUCUGGUUUUGGGAAAUUGGGUUGAGGAGAAUGUCAAUUCCAUGGACGAAACCACUGUCAAAUCCCUAAUUCAUGUCUUGGAUUUGGAAAAUCCUGAUCUCUGGAAAUGGCUAACUGAUCAGGAACAGCCUCCAGAGGCAGUGAGCUCAAAUCCGGUAUUUUCGGCGUUGCACGAGAAAGUAAUGAAGAAUCUGAACAAGCAUGCAGCGCCAGAGACUCGUGCAGCAGCUGGACAGCCUUGGGUCAAAGGCUGGGACGAUUUCAAGAGAGGCCGUGAUGCUCCCAUUUCAGGAAACCAGUAA